CCGGGUUCCUGGGAAGGAAACCGGGAAACUUCUUGACUUCAGCAGUUCUUGAGCCCGAGCCCGGGACAGUUUGCAGCAGCCCCACAUCCCCAGCCAACCUGAUCGGGUGCUUUCUGGGGGCCAGCCCCACGCCUGAAGCAAGAGGAAACUUUUGGGUUCCCAGACCCUCCCCUAGCCUGGAGAGGAAAGAGCGGGACCGCCCCCGAGGGCUGACCACAGGCUGGAUCUCAGCUCCGGGACUGUGAGGCGCCCCUCCGAGAUCCCUGGUCAUUGCUGGAGCACACACAACCGGCGGGAAAAUCAUGGGCCCCUCCUGGCUUCAGUGGCUGCUGAAGCAUCUACUCUGCCUGCCUGGCUUGGCCAUCGCCACCGUUCUACUGCUCCUGGCUCUGGGGGUGAGAGGGAGGCGGAGAAGGAGACCUGGAGAGCCUCCAUUGAUAAAUGGUUUGAUUCCUUUUUUUGGAGUGUCCUUUCAAAUGCAAAAAAACACUUUCAAAAGGAUCCAAGAUUAUCAGAAAAAAUAUGGAAAUAUAUUUACCUUACAAAUUAAUGGAAACUACUUUACCUUUGUACUGGAUCCAUUUCAAUAUCCAUUGGUGUUAAAAAACAGCAAACAAUUUAAUUUUUCCAAAUUUGGAAAUGAAAUAGGAAGAAAACUUUUCUUACUCCCAAAGGGAACACCAUACAUGAUGAAAACAAUAAAAGGAUCCUAUAAAUAUCUGCAAAGUGAUUUUUUAGACUCGUCUAGUUAUAAUCUAAUGCAGAAUCUGCAGCGUAUCAUGAAAGAGCAACUUUUACAAGCCAAAAAUGGAGAAAUAAAUCAAUUAUACAAAUUUUGUACAUCAAUAAUAUUUGAAGCCACGUAUUUAACCCUCUAUGGGAAGGAUCCUGGCACAAAUUCAGGUGAAGUUAUCCAUGAAUUAAUGGAAGACUUUGUCAAGUUUGAUAACAAAUUCUUGAGCCUUUUGUCACCUCUACCAACCUUGUCACUACGAGCUAUCAGGAAUAUUCAGAAAAAGUUAAUACAAUAUUUUUCAUCAGAGCGCAUCUCCAAAAUGCAAGAAAUAUCAGAAGUUGUCAGAGUUAGACAAAUUCUUCUUGAGAAAUUUACAGAGUUUCAGGAUUAUGAAAGAGGAGCACAUCAUUUUGCCUUUCUGUGGGCCUCUGUGUCAAACACGAUUCCAGCUUCAUUCUGGACAGUGUAUUAUCUUCUGCAGCACCCAGAAGCUGUUGCAGUGUUGCGUGAUGAAAUUGACUAUUUGCUACAGUCAACAGGUCAAAAGAAAGAACCUGAUUUUAACAUCCUGUUCACCAGAGAACAAUUGGACGGCUUGGUCUACCUAGAAAGUAUCAUUAAUGAGACCUUACGACUGACCUCAGUUUCUUCCAAUAUACGUUGUAAUAAAGAGGAUAUCACCCUAAAUUUAGGAAAUGGAGAAGUCAAUCUACGAAAAGGAGAUACCACCAUCAUUUACCCACCACUCCUGCACUAUGACCCAGAAAUCUUUGAACAGCCUGAGGAGUUUAAGUUUGAUCGUUUUGUAGAAGAUGGCAAGAAGAAAACUACCUUUUUCAAAAGGGGCCAAGAGCUGCCAUAUUUCCUAAUACCAUUUGGAUCUGGAAUCAGCAAAUGUCCCGGCCGAUUCUUAGCAGUGCUUCAGAUAAAGCAGUUGGUAAUUCUCUUGUUUUCGUAUUUUGAUGUAGAAUUAAUUGAAGACAAAUCCCAACAAUUCAAAAAUUCCCGAAUGUUCUUUGGUAUUCAGACUCCUCAAUCAGAUGUUUCCUUUAGGUAUAAGCUAAGAUGUUAAAAAAAAAAAAAGGAGAGAGAGGAAAAAGAUGUUUGCCCCAAAAUAGCAAUGUCUUUCCCUUCUGCCCCACCUCCUUUUUUGUUUUUAUUUCUGGAAAUGAAAUUAUGUUUUUCUCCUUGUUUUAUUUUUUUAAACAUGCUUCCAUAUUAGGCGGGGUGUGCUUUCAUUCCAUGAUGCCAAGACAUCUGGUCAGUCCAGCCAAAAAACAAUAUAGUCCAGUUUUAGAGCUGGCAUUAUGAUGUCAAAACAUUCUGAUGAGUUCCACUUCCUUCCUUACUUGACUAAGUAUGUUUAGUGUAUUAACCAUAUGUACACCUUUAAGACUGUAUUUACAAUAUGAUAACAGAAAUUAUAUUAUGGAAGAAUUUAUGGGUUCUGUAGAGCAAUGUGUGACAGAAUCUCUGACAGAGCUAUGAGUAUUCAGACACAGAUCAGAGUUCUGUAGUUCUGUUACUUCAUGGGAAAAUUCUCCCAUGAAUAUUUCUGGGAAAUUGUGUCAGCAGUGGAUAUUACCAACAAGUUAAAAAAAACUCAAAGGAGAAAAUAUUUAAUUUGUGAUAUUAGAUGAAAAUGUCAUCUUUAUAGAUAAUAUCAAUAAUAUUUGCAUUGCCUGGGUAUGCUUUUAUUAAAUGGGUUGUGCAGAAGAUUAAAUGCUUCAAUUUCAUGUCAAAAUUU